AUGAAUUAUGCGUCUGCUCCAAAUGUUCUUCUCGAAGCAUUUCGUGGUCGUGUUGAUUCGGCGAAUCUCAACAGUAUCCGAAUGUCUCAUCUAAUUUUAAGUGGAAAUUGUCCACAAUUCGACCCUAAAUAUCACGGAUAUUAAAAUUUUUAAAUUUACUUCUUUCAGGAAAAAUUCAAAACAACAGCCUGUUCAUUUGUCCGGGAAAUCGUAAAAAUGUUAAAUUGGGGGCCGCCGACUACACUCCGAUCUUCCUCUCUGAAGUUCCCUCUGUAUACACAAGUGGAACUCUGAAUGUUCAUUUUGCACUGAUUACUGUCUCGCCACCUGAUGAGCUUGGAUUCUGUACACUUGGAGUCGACAUUGACACGACACUGGCAGCAGCGACUAGUGCCAAAAAGAUUAUUGCCCUCGCCAACAGCACAAUGCCCCGUAGUCGCGGUCACACUACUGUCCAUUCUUCUCAUUUCGCUGCAAUGGUUCAAACGGAUCGACCAAUCGCUUUCGUCAGUCUGGAGGAGAAGAAAUAUUUUGCCCCAUGCGAUUUCACCAAUCAUAUCGACAGCGUCCGCCUUAACAGUGAAAUGACAUCAAUCAACUCAGCGAUCGAAAUCGAUUUGACUGGACAAAUCGUAUCGGAUUCGAUUGGACGCAACUUUUUCAGUGGAUUCGGUGGACGAGUCGAUUUUAUGGCUGCUAGUCCACACCAAGGCCGGCCAAAAGUUUUUUUUUUGCAAGAAUCAAGAAACAAGAAUUCUUGCAAAAAAAAAACCAAGAAAAAACCAAGAAAAACCAAGCAACAUUUCUUCCAAAAUUUCUUGCAAAAUUUCUUGCAAAAUUUUGCAAGAAUCAAGAAACGGGAAUUCUUGCAAAAAAUGCAAGAAAUCAAGAAAAUGCAAGAAUCAAGAAUCAAGAAAUGGCCGGCCUUGGUCCACACGGAUUUGAUGGACUUGGAAAGGCGAUUAUUGCAUUACCAUCGAGAACCACCAAGGGACAAACUAAAAUUGUUCCAUUUUUGGCACAGGGUUCUGGAGUCGUCACGACUCGUGCACAUGCCAUAUACAUUGUCACCGAGCAUGGAAUCGCUCAUCUAUGGGGAAAAUCAAUUCGUUAAAGAGCCUAUGAAUUGAUUCAAAUCUCUCAUUCGGAUGAUCGUGAAGCUCUCGAAAAGGCUGCAUUUGAUCGAUUCAAAGUGAUGCUAUCUGCGUG